AUGGCGAUACGUUUACGGACAGGAUCUGUGAUUUUCCCCCGAAUUUCCUCGUCAGUGCGGAUUAGGUACUCUCGACUUCAUUCGACUAACUUUAAGGUUUUUACUUGGAGCGUUGCUGCUUUUCUGACCCUUCUGUGCGCUGGGCUUUGUGGUGCUGAAACGGAGUUUUCGAUUUUGGAGGAAGCACAAGUUUUGGCCGUGCAAAUGAAAAAGCUGUCUGCGCACGAGCUUGGAGUCUUUAACAUGCAGAGAAUCUUCAGCUCGUUUGUGUACACAGAGAAGACUUCCAACGGAGAGACGGAGGUACAGCAGCUUGCCAAGAAGAUUCGUGAGAAGUUUAACCGAUACCUUGACGUGGUGAACCGUAAUAAGCAGGUGGUGGAGGCGUCUUACACCGCCCACCUUACCUCACCUCUUACAGCCAUCCAGGACUGCUGCACCAUCCCUGUAUCCAUGAUGGAAUUUGAUGGGAAUUUUAACACCAACGUUUCCAGGACAAUUUGCUGUGAUCGGCUUUCUCCAACUGUCAACAGUCGUGCCUUCAACCCAGGACGUGACCUGAACUCAGUGUUGGCCGAUAACUUGAAGUCCAACCCAGGCAUUAAAUGGCAAUACUUCAGCUCAGAGGAGGGCAUCUUCACUGUGUUUCCCGCUCACAAGUUUCACUGCAAGGGCACUUAUGAGCACCGGAGCAGGCCCGUGUAUGUGUCGGCAGUGAGGCCACAGUCGAAGCAUGUUGUGGUGAUGAUCGAUCAUGGAGCGUCAGUGACGGAUACUCAGCUCCAGAUCGCCCGUGACUCUGCUCUUGUCGUCCUCAACUCCAUCGAUGAACAGGAUAAGAUCUCAGUGCUGUCUGUGGCGGAUGUGGUCCGUUCCUGUUCUCUCGACCAGUGCUAUAAAAGCUUUUUGUCCCCAGCCACCAGUGAGACAAAGAGGAAAAUGACAACCUUCAUUGGCAGCAUCAAAGCCUCUGACAGCCCCACCCAGCAUGCACUGGGCUUCCAGAAGGCUUUCCAGCUGCUUAGGAACACCAGUAAUGUCACCAGACAGCUGACCAACACUGAUAUGGUGAUAAUUUACCUGUCAUCGGGGGUGACGUCUGGGGAUGGCUCUGAACAGGAGAAGAGAGCAACGCUUGCUGUCGUGAAGGAGGAAAACAGACAUUUAAACAACUCCGUCAUGAUCCUCACCUAUGCCCUAAUGAAUGAGGGUGUGACAGGACUGAAGGAGCUGGCAUUCCUAAGAGACCUGGCAGAACAGAACUCAGUAAAGUACGGUGUUCCAGAUCGUUCUGCGCUGCCGGUGGUGAAGGGCAGUAUGAUGGUUUUGAACCAGCUCAGUAACCUGGAGACCAGUGUGGGUCGAUUCUACAUCAAUCUUCCAAACCGUAUGAUUGACAUGGCUGCGUUCAGCCUACCCUAUGCAGACCCUAUGGGAGACGGCUUCAUUAUGACGGCUAGUCGACCUUGUUACUUUGGAAAUCUGUUGCUGGGGGUGGUGGGGGUGGAUGUGAACCUGGCCUACAUUCUAGAAGACGUCACAUAUUACCAAGAUUCCCUGGCCUCUUACGCCUUCCUCAUAGACAAUAAAGGAUACACACUGAUGCACCCCUCCCUGACACGGCCCUAUCUGAUGACUGAACCCCCUCUGCACACGGACAUCAUUCAUUACGAGAACAUCCCCGGGUUUGCAGCUGUGAGGCAGAACAUACUCAGCCUGCCUUUGGGCAGUCAGGUGAUCACUGUGCCGGUUAACUCCUCUCUCUCUUGGCACACAAACCGUCUGCGAGACAACAGCCAAGAAGCCUAUAACGUCAGCUAUGCAUGGAAACUGGUGCAGGACACCUCAUUCAUCCUGUGUAUUGUGUACAUUCAGCCUGAGACCCCAGUCAAACAGCUGAAGAACCUGAACACGGCUCCCAGCAGCAAACUUCUCUACCAUCGUCUGGAUCUGCUGGGCCAGCCCAGCUCCUGCCUGCACUUUAAACAGCUGGCAACUGUUGAGAGUCCUACAGUAAUGUUGUCAGCUGGAAGUUUCUCUUCUCCGUAUGAACACCUGAGUCAGGCAGAGACCAAACGCAUGGUGGAGCAUUAUACUGCCUACCUCAGUGACAACACACGCCUAAUAGCCAACCCGGGACUCAAGUCGUCUGUAAGGAACGAGGUGAUGGCCACCAGUCACGUCACAGACGAGUGGAUGAAUCUGAUGGAGAUGAGCAGUUUAAACUGCUACAUCGUACGCCGUUACAUAGCAACGCCUAAUGGGGUGCUGCGGAUUUAUCCCGGCUCUCUGAUGGACAAAGCCUUUGACCCCACCCGGAGACAGUGGUACCUACACGCCGUGGCCAACCCGGGACUGAUCACCUUCACAGGGCCGUACCUGGACGUGGGUGGAGCUGGCUAUGUUGUCACCAUCAGCCACACCAUUCAUGCCUCCAGUUCUCAGAUGGCGCCGGGGUACACUGUGGCAGUGAUGGGAAUUGACUUCACUCUGCGUUACUUUUAUAAAGUGCUGCUGGAUCUGUUGCCCAUCUGCAACCAGGACAAGGGCAAUAAAAUCCGGUGUUUCAUCAUGGAGGAUAGGGGAUACUUGGUUGCCCACCCCACACUGAUUGACCCCAAAGGUCAUGCACCUGCAGAACAGCAACACAUCACACACAAGGAGCCGUUGGUGGCUAAUGACAUCCUUAACCAUCCAAACUUUGUGAAGAAGAACCUGUGUAACAGUUUCAGUGACCGUACUGUUCAGCGUUUCUACAAGUUCAACACCAGUAUAGUGGGUGACCUGACGAACCUGGUGCAUGGUAGUCAUUGCUCCAAGUACCGCCUCACACGCAUCCCAGGAACCAAUGCAUUUGCAGGCAUCGUGAACGAGACAUGCGAUUCGCUGGCUUUCUGUGCCUGCAGCACGGUGGAUCGCCUUUGUCUGAACUGUCACAGGAUGGAGCAGAAUGAAUGUGAGUGCCCCUGUGAGUGCCCCCUAGAGGUGAACGAAUGCACCGGCAAUCUGACUAAUGCGGAGAACAGGAACCCGAGUUGUGAGGUCCAUCAGGAGCCUGUGUCUCUGACAGUGAUUGAGUCCAGUCUGCAGGAUACUCUGCCCCAGUGCAUUAACACACGCUGCAGCCAGCGCUACACCAGCAGUGACUGUUUUGGCGUUCUGGACUGUGAGUGGUGCACUGUGGACAGUGAUGGGAAGACUCAUUUGGUGAAGCCAUACUGUGCCCUGCAGAAGGAGUGUUUUGGGGGCAUCGUGGGAGCCAAGAGCCCUUAUGUGGACAGCAUGGGCCUGACAGAUGAAGAAGUGGCAUCUUUGAACAUGAUAAAGAGCGCCCCCGUGGGGCCAGUGGCAGGAGGAAUAAUGGGCUGUAUCAUGGUUCUUGUCUUGGCUGUUUACGCUUACAGACAUCAGAUCCACCGACGAAGUCACCAACACAUGUCACCUCUGGCUGCUCAAGAGAUGUCUGUCAGAAUGUCCAAUUUAGAGAAUGAACGAGAUGAGAGAGACGAAGACAGUCCCGAGGACCGUGGGAUAAUCAGUAACACUCCUUUUAUUGCUGCGGUAAUUGAGAGACACACACACAGCCCUGAACGCAGACGGCGAUACUGGGGCAGGUCAGGUACAGAGAGUGACCAUGGUUACAGCACCAUGAGCCCUCAGGAGGACAGUGAAAAUCCCCCCUGUAACAACGACCCCCUCUCAGCAGGUGUUGAUGUCGGUAACCACGACGAUGAUCUUGACUUGGACACACCCCCACAAACUGCUGCCCUGCUCAGCCACAAAUAUCACCACUACCGGCACUCACACACCCAUCGUCCACUUCACACACAUACACACACACACCACCUACAGGCAGCAGUCACUGUACACAGUGUGGACGCUGAAUGCUGA